AUGGCGCGGGCGCCCUUCCCGCCAUUUGUUCCCGCCAAUCGCUAAGCAGGAUAUUCGCGCAUCCGGGUGCGGUCCAUCGGUAGGAGUACACCAUCAGAAGGUGUCUGUGUACCUGAAACUGCUUGCCGCUCGGACUCCUGUAGCAUCUGCUCAUAGCGCCUUUUCGCCCUGGUUUGUUACCGAGGUGUGGAAGGACCAGGCCAGCGGCCGGCUUGGCUAACUGGUGUCCCGUGGGUCGUUGGCUGCUUUACCGGACUCCAUUGAGUUCAGGCCGUGGGUGGAAGCUUAAUUUAGGAAGAUAGCUGCCAGUUAUAAAACAGAUCUUGAGGAGUUGGUGAAACCAUGGAGGAUUGGGAAGAAGACAACCAGGACACUUCGGGAGGCAACAUUGUGAAUAAUGCUCCCAUAAGCUCAUGGAACAGUGGUGAUUACCAGAGUAAAAGUCAUAGGAACCUUAAUGGCAGUGAAAGCAGUUCUUGGAACAGUUCUGGAGGCAGCUUUGGCGGGAGUGGAAGGGGCAGUGGUAGGGGUUCGAUGGGAGGAGGUGGAGGGUACAAAGGCUCCAGCACUUCAGAUAAUGGUAAAUUUUUUGGAGGAAAGGGACCUCAAGUGUACAAUGAGGACAGUUGUGAUGGAGAUGGUGAAAAUAAUGGUAAUGAGGACAGCUCCUGGGGUGGUGCUCCAGGGGGAUAUGGGGGAAGAGCCAGAGGUCGAGGAGGUAGGGGGUCCCGUGGUGGCAGCAGAGGAGGUUUCAGCAACACAUCCUCAGGAACGGGCGAGUUUGGGAAUGAAGAUGGGUUCAGAAGUGACUUUGGAGGGCGCGGUGGCAGAGGUCGGGGCGGUUUCCGUCAGGGGGACUCCUUUGAGGGUGGGGGAAGAGGCAGUCGAGGGAGAUCUGGAGGAGGAGGAUAUCGAGGAAGAGAUGAGGAAGUGUUUUCUGAUGCAAAAGAUUCCUCAGAAAGUAAAGGCCCACAGGAUGGGGAAAAUGCAGGUCCAAAGGUUAUUUAUAUACCCCCUCCCCCACCUGAAGAGGAGAGCUCUAUUUUUGCCCACUAUGAAACGGGGAUCAACUUCAACAAAUACGAUGACAUCCUGGUGGAGGUCAGCGGGCACAACCCACCACCGGCCAUUGUGUCAUUUGAAGAGGCCGGGCUCUGCGAGUCAUUGAGCAGGAACGUCAUGAAAUCGGGCUACGUAAAGCCCACGCCGGUCCAGAAGUACGGCAUCCCUAUCACCAAGGCAGGACGUGACUUAAUGGCAUGUGCGCAAACCGGUUCUGGGAAGACGGCUGCCUUCCUGCUGCCCAUUCUCCAGCAGUUGAUGACAGACGGGGUGGCAGCCACCCGCUUCAGCGAGAUCCAAGAGCCUGAGGUCAUCAUUGUGGCCCCAACCAGAGAGCUCAUCAACCAGAUUUAUUUGGAGGCUCGAAAGUUUGCCUAUGGGACAUGCGUGCGGCCUGUUGUUGUGUAUGGGGGCAUCAGCACAGGCUACACCAUACGCGAGGUGCUCCGUGGCUGCAAUGUGCUGUGUGGCACUCCUGGCCGCUUGCUCGACAUUAUUGGCAAAGGAAAGGUGGGACUGAGCAAGAUUCGCUACUUGGUGUUGGACGAGGCCGAUCGCAUGCUGGACAUGGGAUUCGAGCCGGACAUGCGCCGGCUGGUGUCCUCCCCUGGCAUGCCCCCCAAAGAGCAGCGGCAGACCCUCAUGUUCAGCGCCACCUUUCCUGAUGACAUCCAGAAACUUGCUGCUGACUUUCUGAAGGUUGACUACCUCUUCCUGGCUGUUGGGCAAGUCGGUGGUGCCUGCAGUGAUGUGGAGCAGAUCCUAAUUCAAGUCUCCCAAUUCUCAAAGAGGGAUCAGCUUGUGGAGUUGCUGAACACAACUGGCACAGAGCGCACAAUGGUGUUUGUGGAGACGAAGAGAAAAGCGGAUUUUAUUGCGACAUUUCUGUGUCAGGAGAACAUAUCAACUACAAGCAUUCAUGGUGACCGGGAGCAGAGAGAGCGGGAACAAGCCCUGGGAGACUUCCGCUCCGGGAAAUGUCCUGUCCUGGUGGCCACUUCGGUCGCCGCUCGGGGUCUGGACAUUGAGCACGUCCAGCACGUGGUCAACUUUGACCUCCCGACUAGCAUCGACGAGUAUGUGCACCGCAUUGGCCGAACAGGCCGCUGUGGGAAUACGGGCAGAGCAGUGUCAUUCUUUGACCCCGAGUGUGACACCCCACUGGCUCGCUCACUGGUGAAGGUCCUCUCUGGGGCCCAGCAGGAAGUGCCGUCUUGGCUGGAAGACGUAGCAUUCAGCGCACAUGGGACAACUGGCUUUAAUCCACGUGGGAAGGUCUUCGCUUCUGUCGAUACACGCAAAGGAGGUUCCUUUCAGAAGGAGGAGAAGCUGCAGCCCGUCACCCAGAGCCCAGCAGCUGCUGCCGACGCCGACGAAGAAUGGGAAUGAGUCUCUGCUUUGUGGGACUGAGCUUUUGCAGUUGUGCCCUUUUUUCAUUCCUGUCUUUAAAAUAUGCAGGAAAGCAUAUUUUUCAGACAUAUAACGUGCACAUUUGCUUGGCAAUAUUGAGCUUGACUCACAAUGCACUUGGGUAUCUCUGGGCAUUUGCCAAAGUUCGGUUUCAAACUGAUGUUAUGAUUGUUGAUCAAGUAGAUGUGCCUUUGUUCAAGACCGUACUACCAGCAAAGUUUAUUAGUGUUUAUCAUUGUUGUGAUUUCAAAAUAUCCUAAAGUCUGCAUUGCUGUUUAAAUUGUAAACGGUUUAAACUGCAUAGAGUUGGGAUCAUAGCUGCCUUUAUAUUACCUAGAUUUUUUUUCUUUUCUUGUAGUUUUGGCAGAAUGUUUACUUUGCUGUGGCAUUUAGAUGCUUGUGCGUCAUUUCCUAGAGUAAGUGUGUCCUGACAGCAAUAAAAUUAAGUUUUCGAAUUUUGAA